AUGUUGGGUCUGAUAGAAACAAAGAAGGAGGUCAUGACUAAAUUUGAUGUUGUUCGUAUAUGGGGAAGUGACAGAGCGUGUUGGAAGUUUGUAGGUUCGAUUGGAUCUUCUGGAGGACUAUUGUUCAUAUGGAAUGAGUCGGCUUUUAAAAUGUAUAAUUGCUACAAAGGGGAUAGAUGGUUGUGUUUAGAGGGGGUAGUGGUCAAAGAUAACUUUCAUUGUGCUAUUUGUUUGGUGUAUGGACCGCAUGAGAGAGCUGAGAAGAUCUCCAUGUGGGAGAAGCUGAGUUAUAUUGCAGGAUUGUGUCAGGUGCCGGUCUGUUUUUUGGGGGACUUUAAUGAAAUUAUGCUUUUGGAGGAAAGGAAAGGAGCAACCACAUUACCAGCGUCUGCGGCAGAGUUUAGAACAUGGAUAAAUGAUAUAGAGUUGAUUGAUUUGGAACUUAAUGAUUGUAAGUAUACAUGGUUCAGGGGACAGUCGUGCAGUCGUAUUGAUAGGAGCUUGGUUUCUUCAGAGUGGCUUGAUAUGUACCCGAAGACGAGGCUAAGAAGUGGGCCUCGAGGUUUAUCUGAUCACUGCCCUUUGAUCAUGGAAGAUUUCAGAAGAUUCGAUGGUCCAAGACCGUUCCGUAGCCUGGACUCGUGGUUCACGCAUGAAGGAUUCUUGAGGAUGGUGAAGGAAGAAUGA